CCCAGAAGACUACAACUGUUGGGGGGGGCAAAAUCAAGAAAUAAGAGUGACUCGAUUUAAAGAAGAAAACACUAUGUGUAAACUGGUGAAUGGACUGAACAAAUACAACCAGGGUCUGUUUAUUCUCUUAGAAGCUUCGGAGAGGAGAAUAGAGGAGCAUGUGUAAAGACAGAGGCAUAGCGGACAGUGUGUGACAGUCACGGCCACAUGCUGACUGAUGUGUGUGUGUGUUUGACAUGGUUAAUGUUAGUGGGUGGCGGUUUGACAGAGUCAUCUUCUCUUGAAAGAUGACAAUCACCAAUUGCUGGCUCCUCCCCACCUUUUGCUCAAACCAGCUGUGCUAUCUCAGUGGAUGCACAACACAUCACCUCUCUCUCUGGUAGUGUCAGCUCUCCCUGGGGAUCCGCCGUUUUCAUGGUUUAUCACACUUUUUGCAUAGUUCCUGAGAGAUCUCUGCAAGGUGGACCAGCACUCUUAUACAUCUGAAACCAACACCUGAGCAACGACUUUGAUACAUUUGAAGGAGUCAUCACCAUGAUUUGGACAUACUCAACUUUACAAGACUCAGAGAAAACGUUUUGGAGGAGCCACAGCCAAUUUUCAAAAUGUUUGUCAAAAUGUUUUUAUAAGCUGACAUUAGAAUAAACAAGAGGACUGAGAAUUACAAACAGAAUAAAUUGAGCACCAUACAGAAGUCCAUGUGUUUGAGAAUGCGGGGAGGACUGAGAUGGGAUGUUUCAGUCAACAAAAUGUAAGAAACAUUAAACUGGACAGGACGUAAAGGGGAGCGUCACCAGUUAUAUGCCAAAACAUCAGUUUACUUGUCACGGAGUGAAGAUUUCAUUUGAUGUCUGAAGGAUCCUUUGGCCUCAUUACUGAACAAUGGGGGAGUCUGCAAUACAGAUGUGUAUUUUGAAACCUUUACUAUGAAUUAUGGAGGACAACAGUUCAUUUCUGACCCCUGAGUACAAUGACAGCACCAACGUUUUGGUACCGAUGCCCUCAGCUCCCAGCAGACAACUGGGCACCCUUCCGAACCCACAGACACGCUUCAAGGACCUGACAGGGAUAUUUUUCAUGGUGACCCUGAAUGUUCUGGCACUUCUGGCUAACACUGCUGUUCUGAUUGUUGUAAUAAAAGCCCCUCAUCUCAGGAAAUUUGCCUUUGUGUGCCACCUGUGUGCAGUGGACCUGCUGUGUGCCAUGUUGCUCAUGCCUCUCGGGAUUGUGUCCAGCUCUCCGUACUUUGCUGGUGUGGUGUUCACUGUGCUGGAGUGCCAGGUCUUCGUCUUCCUCAAUGUAAUCCUCAUAGCUGCCUCUAUCUUCACCAUCACAGCCAUCAGUGUGGAGCGUUACUACUACAUCGUCCACCCCAUGCGCUAUGAGGUCAAGAUGACGCUGAAGCUGACUGCAGCCGUGAUAGUGAUGGUGUGGGUGGCAUCUGCUGUGCUGGGGUUGUCCACCAUGUUUGGCUGGCCGUCCUACAGCAGCCUGAGCUCCAUCAGUGCUGCACACUGCUCACUGCAUUGGAGCCACAGUGACCACAGACGAGUCUUCUCUGUGCUCUUUACCGUCACUUGUUUCUGCUUGCCUGCUGUUGUGAUUUUUGCUGUGUACUGUAAUGUGUAUAAGGUGGCCCGUAUGGCUGCCCGCCAGCAUGGACCUCUGCCCUUGUGGACAAACAGUCAACUGAAGCAUCGCUCUGACUCAAUAAACAGCCAGACUACCAUCAUUACAACCCGUAACGCCCCACGUAGGAUUACGUGUGACCGGACUUUUGGUGGAGGUAAAGCCGCUCUCACUCUGGUGGUUAUUGUUGGCCAGUUUCUGAUCUGCUGGCUGCCUUACUUUGCCUUCCACCUCCGUCUGACACUAGACGCAACACCCAAGAUUCCUGAUGACCUAGAGGAAGCAGUCACCUGGCUGGCAUAUUCUUCCUUUGCUAUUAACCCAUUUUUUUAUGGGCUUCUUAACCGACAGAUCAGGGAGGAACUUUGCAAACUCAGGCGCUGCUACUCAGCCCGGCCAGUGGAGCUGGCUGUCUCCAGCCACGAGGGCUCAGGCCAUGAGAACUUCCUGCAAUUCCUCCAUAGGACCAGCUGCACAAUAGAGACACGUGCAAGCUUUGCCACAUCCAGUCCUAGCACUCUGGAUCAAACUGGGCAGACUGGUUUCAGGAUACCAGGACAGAUCCCAGAAGAGUUCAGUUAGAUAUACCUCACUGUUGUGCCACAGCAUUAGUAACCUGCAGGAUUAUUACAGCUACAAGAUAAAAAAGUGAUCCACAGGGUUAACAAUACUUAGUGACUGUCUGCAAAAUGUCUGUAAACUGUAUUUGCAUCCAGUAAAAGCUAAGAUACGGCAUCAAAAAAUAAACAAUCAGAUUUCGUUUAUGAAACUUGACAUACUUUUUUCUUUUUAUCUUAAGAUUACACUCAGAAACAAUACUGGAAUAGAAAGCAAAUGGACACAGUUUCUUACAUUAAAUUAAUGUUCAUGUAUUUGUGGUAAAACUAAUAAAGUUACACAUUUUUACUAGCUACUAAAGCAAAGUUAUUGUUUAUCUGCAAUCGGUACAUUUAUUUUAUUAAAAAGUAAUGAACACAAAUAUCACAUUAUACUUGAAUAGUAAGUCAUGACAAUAUAAUCAGUAUAUAGAUCUACAGGUAAAUGCUAUCUCAGAAAUGAGGGAUAUAUAAUGAGGAUGAGAAUGAGCAGUCAUUCAUUUUUCAUAAGUUCUACUUGUUUUUAUAUGAGGUAUCAAUAUAGCAGAAAUAUUCUUAAUAUUCAAAGCAAUUCAAUGUUGUAUUUAUGUUGCAGGAAUUUAUGUAAACUGUAUUUAUUGUACUCAAGAGACAUCACUUUUUGUUCAAAAA